ACGAGUAUGAAAAGAACAUCAAAAGUCAAAUAGAAAACUUGCAAAUCAAUCACAAAAAACCAGUAAAAGGAACUUGUAGUUUGUAAACGCCAAAACUGAAAUAUCGUGACUUUCAUUUAUUGACUUUGCGGGUGUUUAGUAUUCAUCAUAUUCGACAUUUUAUCUGAUAAUAUAUAAAAAUGCCGAAAGUAUCAGUUAAAGUCAAAUGGGGAAAGGAGCUGUUCAAGGAUGUUGAAGUAAAUACAGAUGAUGAACCCGUGGUAUUCAAGGCACAAAUAUUUGCCCUGACAGGUGUUCAACCUGAAAGACAAAAGGUAGUUUGCAAAGGUGUAACCUUGAGGGAUGAUUCGUGGGCUAAUUUCAAAUUAAGUAAUAAUGCACUAGUGCUAGUUAUGGGUAGCAAAGAAGAAGAUUUGCCUACUGCUCCAGUGGAGAAAACUAAAUUUGUGGAGGAUAUGAAUGAGUCUGAACUGGCAACGGCUUUGGAUCUUCCUGAAGGGCUUAUAAAUUUAGGGAACACAUGUUAUAUGAAUGCUACAGUACAAUGUCUUAAAACUGUACCAGAGUUAAGAAAUGCAUUACUCGAGUAUGAUCAUACAUCUGGGGGUGGCACAGCUGGUGGUCUAACUGCAGCCCUAAGUGACACAAUGAGAUCCCUGGAAAGUGGGGGUCCCGGUGCCUGCGCAGCAUCUGUAUCCAGACUUCUCCUGGCUCUUCAUGCUGCUGCCCCAAGGCUUGCUGAACGAGGAGCUGGAGGAGUAUUAGCUCAGCAAGAUGCUUCUGAAUGUUGGACAGAAAUGAUUAGAGCACUGCGGGCAAGGCUACCUAUGCCAGGACUGGACAGUAAGUCAGUGAUUGAAAAAUAUUUUGGUGGUACUCUGGAUGUUGAGUGGGUGUGUAGUGAAGCUGAAGAGCCACCAACAAAGUCUGAAGAGUCUUUUCUUCAGCUGUCAUGUUUUAUCUCACAAGAUGUUAAAUAUUUACAGUCUGGCCUUAGAUCUAAAAUGACAGAACACAUUACUAAGAUGUCAGAGUCAUUGGGAAGAGAUGCUGUUUAUACUAAAACAAGCAAAAUAAGCCGUUUGCCUGCAUACUUAACGGUUCAAUUUGUCCGUUUCUAUUUCAAAGAAAAGGAAUCGAUAAAUGCCAAGAUAUUGAAGGAUGUGAAAUUUCCACUCGACCUUGACGUGUAUGAGUUGUGUUCACCCGAACUACAGGAGAGAUUGACGCCUAUGAGGAAUAAAUUCAAGGAAUUGGAUGAUGCAGCCGUACAACAAUCUCUCCCCGCUCGUAAAAAGAAUCAAGGGGACAACAAAGAUCUAAGAAAAAAGAAACUGGUGCCAUACUGGUUUGAGGAUGACAUAGGCAGCAACAACAGCGGCUUCUACCGCUUGCAGGCCGUGCUGACCCACCGCGGCCGCUCGUCUUCGUCAGGGCACUACGUGGCCUGGGUGGCACGAGGGGACUCCUGGCUGCGCUGCGACGACGACACCGUCACGCCUGUCUCGGAGGAAGAGGUGCUCAAGUUGAGUGGAGGAGGCGAUUGGCACUGUGCAUACCUGCUUCUAUAUGGACCUCGAGUGCUGGAAAUACCAGAAGAAGACGAGCCCAUGGUCACAGAAGUCACAGAUGAUAUGGCUGGAAACCCUCCCACGGCACUCGCUUAAAUUUAACCAUACUUUAAAACCAUCUGUCAUCACUGGCUUAUAGGCAGAAGGACAGACAGCAUUUCAUUUUAAUGAAACAAAUAAACUUUAACUAACUGUGAGUGAUGUAUACUUGACUUAUGUUUAUUAAGAAUUUAUGCUCUUAUUUAUAAACAUGCUAUAACCCAAAAACAGUUAUUGAACGUUUGACUUUUCAUAGAAAAGUUAGUAUAUUUUCAUAACAAUACUGUCCUUCAGUCGAUGAAACUCAAAUACCUGAUAUUACUGUACAUGUUAACUCGAUAUUUGGUGGAGCCAGCUUCUAUUUGACUAAUUAUAAAGUAUUUUUUGUAUUCGAGGCCUAAAAUGUAGAAAUUUGGUUGUAAAUUAUUAAGGUAAAUGCCAAAUCAUGAUAUUUCAAUGUCUAGCAUAUAAAGAAUGAUGUAAAUUUUACUAAAAGAAGUCCUAAGCCAUUUUAUUUAUUGAAUCAUAUUGAAUAUAUGUAACAAAAAAGAUGUAAUUAUGUUAAAAGAUAAGUCUUACAUGGAACAUAAGCUUAUGUUCACUGAAUCUUUGUCACACAAUGAUAUAAAAUAUCUAAAUUGAGAGCCGUCAUAAAUUUAUUGGCUCACCUAAACAAUCCUAAAACUUUAUCAUCAGAAUAAACUCAGCCGUUAGUUCAAAUGAAUAUAAUCAAAUGUCUAGUGCACAAAAGUGUUAAUAAACAAGAGGACAACAAUGAUUAUAAAAUGAGUACCCAGAAAUCAGUUAUUAUAAAGAUAUUUUAAACCAGAUUUCUUGAUUAUCUAAUAAACAUUUACCAUUACUGCAGAAUCAAGAAAAUGGAGUACACCACAGGGUUGGCCUUUUCCUCGAAAAUGUUCAUGUAUAAUUAAAAAACUGGUGUAUUGCAUUAAAUUUAAAAAUAAAAUAAUUAGUGCGUGUAAACAUUUAAAGGUCUCAAAUUUGUAAUUAGAAAUAUAAUUGCAUUUAAAAUGCAUCGCAAGGUCGCUCCUCCUUCGCUUUUGUUUACAUUCUAAUGUAAUGACUUUUGUAAGACUUAAUGAAUAAAUUUCUUAACAAUA